ACAUCGAACUCCAACCUCAUUGCUUCGACAAAAAUGCCAUCUGUACUUAUUGCCCUCCCAUCUUACCACGGACCUUUCUUCAACGAUGGUACCACCACCGGUACCUUCGCGGUCGAAGUCAUCCACCCAUUCGAGGCUUUCAAAGCCAAAGGGUACGACAUUGACUUUGCUUCAAGAACCGGUUCCUUCGGCUAUGACGACCAUUCUCUUACCGAAGACUUCCUCAAAGGUGAUGACAAGGCCAUUUUGGAAGACCCCAACUCCGAAUAUAAUAUCACUCUUAAGAAAAUCAAGAAGGCCUCGGAUGUAAAUCCUAAAGACUACGACAUUUUCUUUGCCGUUGGGGGCUACGGAGCAAGUUUCGACUUUCCUACUGCCACCGAUGUGGUGAAGGUGGCGGAAGACAUUUACGCCAACGGUGGUGUUGUUGCAGCUGUUUGUCAUGGUCCAGCUAUUUUCACCAAUAUGAAGGAUCCUAGUACCGGAAAGCCACUUAUUGCUGGUAAGAACGUCACGGGAUUCACUGAUGAAGGAGAAAAGUUGUUUGAUACCGACAAACCUUUGGUCAAGUACAACCUUGACACCAUGGAGGGUGUUGCCAAAAAGACAGGUGCUAACUUCAAGUUACCAGGUGCUCCAUUUGAUGAUUUUACUGUUACUGACGGUAGAGUGGUGACGGGGGUUAACCCUGCAUCUGCUGGGUCUACCGCCCGGGCUGCCAUUAUUGCUUCUCAACAGUAGCUAGUUAGGAUUGAAUAAAUAUUGACUUUCGGAGUUUAUGUGAAAUUGGGUGAGGUGAU